AGGAAAGUUCCAGCAUUUGGAAUUCGCUUGUUCCGUGGUCACCACCACCACAAUCCUCUCUCUCUCAGAUAUUUUCUGCCUCGUAAAACCUUCUGGAGCUUUCAUUUCCCUUACCGCCUCUUAACUCUUUUACUCCUAAUAAAUACCCACUUCAGCUUCUAAAUAUUCCCUCGCAGUGGGUCCAAUUGUAUGAGUUUGUGACUCAAGAACAACGCUAAAAGCCAUUCCAUUUUCAUGACCAAGUCCAUUUGAUGGUGCCAAUGAAGCCUUAUACGCAAGGGUCGUUCUCGUCGUCUUACUACAGCGUUCUUGGCGUUAGUUCGGAUUCUUCUAUAGAAGACAUAAGGCGUGCUUAUAGGAAGCUUGCUAAGCAAUGGCAUCCCGAUAAGUGGGCAAAGACUCCUUCUUUGCUUGGUGAAGCCAAGCACAAGUUCCAGCAAAUUCAAGAAGCUUAUUCAGUGUUGUCUGAUCAUAAGAAAAGAACCAUGUACGAUGCGGGCUUGUAUGAUCCUCAAGAGGAAGAAGACGAGGGCUUUUCUGAUUUUCUGGAAGAAAUGCUUUCCCUUAUGGCUCAAGUGAGGAGAGAGAAAAAGCAUUACGGCUUAGAAGAGUUGCAAGCCAUGUUCAUGGAAAUGGCUCAAGGAUUCAAAUCUCCUUCAAUGUACUGUGGGGUACCCUCAAUGAUGGAUGAAUCACGGUGCCUAAAGAGGAUGCGAUUUGACACAACCAUGAUGGAGAAUAAGGGGUCACAUUUUCAAGUACCUGGUCUUAACGGGUAUGAAACGAGGGGUUAUUGCAAUUAACAGGUGUGUUCCUGCUGUUUUUGCAAGAGGGGAAUUUCGAAAGAAAUUUAAGGAUAGUAGAAUGAAUUUUGGUAGAAAUUUUCAAUAUUUGUAUUCUGUACAUAUUCCUUCUAUGGGUUUGAUGUUAGUAUUAGAUAACAGCGCUUUCAAAUUUCCAAGACGAGGAAGAGGAGGAGAACGUGUAAUGAUUUUGUAAUAUGGAAAUUAUGCUCAUUUGAGCAAGCAUUAAAGGAAUUUUACCUGCUCUUCACCAAAUUUACUGUUGUCAUACCCUGUGAUUGAAGGGCUUUCUGGCCUUUUUUCAAAACUAUUUAUCUAAAUAAUAUAUUUUAGAUUGUCAGUGGCU